AUGACGGCUUCAUCAAUUCCAGUCCCCCCCAAAGGCGUCUGGGUCCCCUCCCCCACCUUCUUCACCACGUCCUCCCCCUCCCCUUUCUCCGCUACCCAACCCGCCGUCGACUACGCGACCCAAACAGCCCACACCCUCUUCCUCGCCCGCUCCGGCAUCACCGGCGUCGUCCUCCUAGGUUCCACAGGCGAAGCCAUGCAUCUUUCCCGCUCUGAACGGUCUCACCUCAUCAAGUCCGUCCGGCAAGGGCUCGACGAGGCCGGCUUCCAGAAAUUUCCCAUCAUGGCGGGUGUCUUGACCAACGGAGGCGUGGAGGAGACGGUGCAGUGGUUGGAUGAUUACAAGGAGGCGGGCGCGGAGUUUGGGUUGGUGUUGGUGCCGGGGUAUUUUGGACAUGGACAGGGGGUGUGGGGAGAGGGGGGGGAGGGGGUGGUGAACUGGUUUAAGGAGGUUCUCUGGGGAAUGAAAAAUAAGGAGAUGGGGAUCGUGGUGUAUAAUUACCCUGGGGUUAGUAAUGGGGUGGUGCUGGAGCCGGAGGGGUAUAGAGCUUUGGCCGAGGAUCCGAGGGUGGUUGGGUGUAAGAUGUCCCACGGAAACAUCUCGCACCACCUCCAAGUCUCUCUCGAUCCCGAAAUCAACCACGAACGAUUCCGCGUCUUUUCCGGCUUCGGCCAACAACUCGGUCCCAUUGUUCGGUAUGGCGCAGCUGGCGUUAUUGACGGCAUGUCAGCUUACUACCCGAAAACGGUGGUCAGACUAUACGAGCUAGCGCAGAAGGACGAUCUCAGGCCGUCGGAGAGGGCAGAGCUGAACAAGUUGCAAUACGUGGUGAGCAAGGCCGAGGAGUUUGUUGUCAAGUAUGGCUUGAAGGGCAUCAAGGAGGCGACGUACAGGGUUGCGGGCUUUGGGGAUUUGGAGGCGGCGAGAGUGCCGGUUGUCGCGAGGAUGAGGGAGAAGGAGUGGGAGGAGGGGAGAAAAAAGUAUUUGAUGGAGAUUGAGGAGAUUGAGAAGACACUCUAGUCUACGAACAGGAAGG